GUUAAAUCAUGUUGGUUGUAAAGAAAGCUGUCUCCAAAUCCUAUUUAUUGAGAAACAUAUACGGAGUGCGUUUAAGUAAAAGACUUUUUAGUAAAAAUGUUAUAUUUAGUCCUAGUCAGGACAUUGUUAUACCGGAAUGUACUGUUACAGAAUGGAUUUAUUCCAAAAUGGAACCUUUUAACAAGUACACAGCUGUUGAAUGUGUAGAUACAGGUAAAAAAUACACGUUCGAGCAAGUCAGAAGAAAAGCGGGAAAUUUAAGUAAAGCGUUAAGAAAAAAUUGGAAUUUAGAACCAGGAGACGUGGUAGCGAUCUAUAUGUCCAAUUCUCCAGACUUUUUCGUAGCGUGUUUGGGCAUUCUAGAAGCAGAAUUAAUUAUAACUACAAUAAAUCAUAUGUACAAAGCAGAUGAAAUAUCCAAGCAGCUAACUGACUCAUUUGCUAAAGUUAUUAUAACACAACCACAGAAUUUCAGCGAAGUUAAAAAAGCCUUUCAACAAAAUAAAAACGACCUGCCGAUAAUAAGUGUUAAAAAUAAAGAAAACGACAGUUUACCAGAAGGGUGUAUAAAUUUUGAAGAACUAAUCAACACGACAUUAGACUUUUCAAUCGGUAUUACCAGGAAAGCAGAAGAUCUAGCUUUCCUUCCGUAUUCUAGCGGUACUACUGGAGUGCCAAAAGGUGUUGAAAUCACACAGAGAAAUAUAGUGGCAAUGGGAAUUCAAACCAUACAUCCUGACUAUAAAAUGAUGGAACCACCUACAGAUAACCAUCAAGACAUGGUUCCUGGCAUCCUACCCAUGUAUCACAUUUACGGGUUCAUGAUGCUGCAACUCAAUUGCCUUACUACUGGUAUGAGGCUGUUAAGUUUUCCUAAAUUCACGCCACAACUAUUCAUAUCAGUAUUGCGAAAUUACAAUAUUAGUAUGAUGUAUAUUGUGCCACCAAUUGUACUUUUUCUGACAAACCAUCCAGAAGUUAAAACAGAAGACUUGCAAUCUUUGAGAUUCGUACUGAGCGGAGCUGCUCCUUUAGGAAUCCUUGACGAAAAAAAAUUUAAACAAAAAGUUGGACAUGCCUUCCACAUGGUACAAGGCUAUGGUGCGACUGAAGCCACUGGAAUGGUAACGUCCCUAGGAAAUAAAAAACUUUUCGAUAAAUUGGAUAAGUACCAGGGUUCUAGUGGUCCUCCCAUUCCAAGUACACGCAUAAAAGUGGUUAAAAUUGAAGAUCAAACAGGUACACCUUUGGGUCCAGGUGAAACUGGCGAGAUUUUAAUAAAAGGGCCCCAACUUAUGAGAGGUUAUCUGGAUAAACCCGAAGAAACUCGAAAAGUAUUUUUGGAUGGCUGGUAUCGAUCCGGAGACAUUGGGUACUAUAACAGCGAAGGACUUCUUUAUGUUACGGACAGACUUAAAGAAAUAAUAAAGGUCAAAGGUUUGCAGGUGGCCCCAGCUGAGCUAGAAGAGAUAAUCAGGGAUUUCCCGUCGGUGGAAGAUGCAGCAGUCAUAGGAGUACCGCAUCCGCUUUUCGGGGAAGUACCGCGAGCUUACAUCGUAGAAAAACACGGUGCAACACUAAAACCCGAAGAAAUUAAUAAAUUUGUGGCCGAAAAAGUGGCCAAACACAAACAUCUGGUCGGAGGUGUGGAGAUUGUCGACAGCAUUCCUAAGAAUCCUUCAGGGAAGAUAUUGAGGAAGGAGCUACGUCAGGAAUAUGACAAGAAAAGUUUUGAUGGCGCUGCAAAUAAAUCAUUGUUUUAAAAUAUUAAAUUGUGACAAAAGCUUUUUCUACCUUCUUUUAUGGCUUAUGUCAUGAACUAUUACAAACAAAUAAUAAGCAGAAUUCCUAUUUAGAUAUUUUAUUUCCCAAAACAAAAAUUGUUAUCGAGUUUAUAAAUAAUAAAAAAUUGAAGGGCCUGGCCGAUUUCCUCCAAUUAGGCUUGCGUCCAGCCACUAGC